AUGUACAAACGGCUAGCCCGACUCAUGAGCACGAAAAAACCCGUCCAGCAGCCUCCGUGGCAGAAACCCGUCCCUCCUUCGGCCCCUGUCUUGAAAAUCUACAACUCCUUGACCCGGGCAAAGGAAGACUUUGUGCCUCAGAAGUUCAACUACAUUACAUGGUACUGUUGUGGGCCAACGGUGUACAACUACGCCCAUAUGGGCCACGCCCGUAAUUACGUGUGCUCGGAUAUCUGCCGCAGAAUUUUGCAAGACUACUUUGGCUACAACAUCAACUUUGUCCAGAAUGUGACUGACAUUGACGACAAGAUCAUCAUUUCUGCCCGCCAGCAGUACUUGUUUGAGCAGAAGAUCGCCAAUGUGUACACAGAGAAGACGCCUGAGCUCGUGGAACAGGUCAAGGGCUACUUGGGCGAGUAUGUUUCGAAGAAGUUGCCCGACUUCAGCGGAGAUUUGGAGAAGGAUCUUUUGCCUUGGAUAGCGUCGUUGGAUCUCACUGCUUUGGCUGUGUCGGCGCCUAAGUUACCCAUGCAUGCGAAUGCGCUGAAAAGAGCGCAUGAGGCAAUCUUUGGUGCCGCUCCUUUCGCCGACUUUUUGUCUGCUGUGGAAGAAGUUUGUGUUCCGAGCCUUGAUGCCAAGUACGGCUCUUCGGUUGUGGAGCCUUCCAUCUUCAAGAAAUUGCCAGCUUACUGGGAAAACAGCUUCAACGAGGACAUGGCCAAGCUCAAUGUUCUUCCUCCUACCGUGACUACCCGUGUCUCUGAGUACGUUCCGGAAAUUAUCGACUUUGUCGACAAGAUUAUUUCCAACGGCUUUGCGUACGUCACUGCAGACGGCUCUGUGUAUUUCGACACGGCCAAAUUCGAAAAUGACCCAAACCACGACUACGCAAAGUUGCAACCGUGGAACAAAGGCUCGAUGCUGCUCAUCAACGACGGCGAAGGCUCCUUGUCUGUUUCGGAAAGCAUCAUCAAGAAAAACCCUGCAGACUUUUCUUUGUGGAAGGCGUCAAAGCCUGGUGAACCUGCUUGGGACUCCAAAUGGGGGCCAGGAAGACCAGGAUGGCACAUUGAGUGUUCUGUCAUGGCGUCGGAUAUCUUAGGUUCUACUAUUGAUAUCCACUCGGGCGGCAUUGAUUUGUGUUUCCCUCAUCACGACAAUGAGUUGGCCCAGUCUGAAGCAUACUUUGACAACAAGCAAUGGAUCAACUAUUUCAUGCACAACGGCCACUUGCACAUUCAAGGUCAGAAAAUGUCCAAGUCGUUGAAGAAUUUCAUCACUAUCGAAGAAGCUUUGCAAAACUACACCAGCCGGCAACUCCGGUUGAUUUUCGCUUUUGGCAACUGGGAUAAGCCCAUCGACUUUAAGGAUUCUUUGGUUCAUGAAGUGAAGGCGUACGAGUCGUCCUUGUCCAAGUUUUUCACUACUGUGAGAGCUUUAAACACCGAUUACAAACAUUCUGUUUCUUCCGGCCAGGCCAUUUCGAAGAAGCUUUCUUCUGCCGAAAGAAGUUUGCUUUCCGAUUUGGAAACCGCUCAGAAAGAGGCACAUUUGGCCUUCUGUGACAACUUGUCUUCUCCCCAGGUUUUACGGGUGAUUAGCGAUUUGGUGUCGAAAACCAACACGUAUAUCCAAAGCACUGUGGUGGGCCAAAACGAGUUACGCAUCGAGCCAGUGAUUGCUAUCACAAAGUGGAUUGUCAAGAUUUUGGACAUUUUGGGCUUUGAGGCCAGAUCAGAUAGACUCGGAUGGGUGGACUCUGUCUCUGGCGAAUCUGACACUGGCGCCUCUAAGGAAGACGUCGCUAUGCCAUAUGUCAAAUCAUUAUCUCAGUUCAGAGACACUGUUCGGGAUCUCGCCAUCUCCAAGGCCGAGUCCUCCGAGUUCUUGAAAGCAUCGGACGCUUUGCGUGGAGAAUUGAUUGAAUUGGGCAUAUCUUUGGAUGACAGACCUACUGGAGGGGCAUUGGUGAAGUUUUUGAACGAGCAAGAGAAGGAAGACUUCAUCAAACAACAGCGGGCCAAGGAACAGCAGGCUUUGGAGAAGGCCCGUAAGAAGAAGGAACAGGCCGAGGCUGCUGCCAAGAAAGAAGCAGAACGUUUGGCAAAGAUGAAAAUCAAUCCCAAGGACCUUUUCCAAGACAAGUCAUUGUACUCCGAAUGGGAUGAGCAGGGUAUUCCUACAAGAACUUCUUCGGGCGAAGAGGUCACCAAGAGCAUGAGAAAAAAGUUGAUGAAACAGUACCAGCAGCAGGAGAAGCUCUAUGCGGAGUACCUAAGCAAACAAUAA